GCUUUGUACUAUACUAAAACUUUGUGUAAGGAUAAAAUCUGUUUUUUWAACACAGUUUCCUCGAUUAUUGAUUAAAAAUGUCAAUACAGAAAAGAAAGAAGACCCCUCAAGAACUUAGUGCCGAAGGAUCUGUUUCAGAGACCUUCAAAAAAGCACUUAAAUCCRGCUCAACCUGGGAAGAUAAGGAAGAAUUCUUGGAUGUUAUUUAUUGGCUAAGACAAAUAAUUGCUGUUUUCCUUGGUAUUCUAUGGGGGAUAGUACCAUUGAAAGGAAUCUUAGCUAUUGCUCUGUUCUGUUUAAUAAAUGCAGGGGUUGCAUAUGUUUACUUCAGUAGCUUUCAAAAAAUUGAUGAAGAUGAAUAUGGAGGGCCAUGGGAACUAACAAAAGAAGGCUUUAUGACAUCUUUUGCUGUUUUUUUGGUAUUUUGGAUCAUAAUAUAUUCUGCACUACAUAGUCCUUGAAAGAACCAGCAAGCAAAAGUACAACUUUAAUGUCAAGAAUGAACCUAUGGUUGCAUUGCAAAAAAUAGCCAUGGACAUUUUGAAUUGAAAUGCAACACUUUCUCAAUGGAAUUGAAAGUUCGACUGUAUUAAUGUAAAGAUUGAUUGAGUGGUUUAACGAAAUAAGUCAUGUCAUAACUUAUAUAAAAAUAAUGGUCUGUUGGUGGCUGAUUUACUGCUGAGGCCAUUUUUAAUCAAGCAAACCAAAGCCAUGGUAAAACUCCAGGAAUCAAGAAUUUGUGUCAUGAAUGCACAGUCACCUGCAUUUCAGUGUUCUUGGCAAUGAUGGKGAAACUAUUGUUGCAGCUGUGUGUUUCAACUUUCAGAUACUCAGAGUUUGAUGAAGUCUACACAGAAAGCAAAAGUUACAUUGUGGCAAGAUGACAUUAAUCUUGAAAAAACAUUGCUUUGCUUACAAAAGAUUGAUUUACAUUAUACGAGGAGAUUCAAAAGUCAUAUUAUGCCCAGCAAAAUAGUAGCAGAAUGAACUUCUAGUUUCAGUUAUAGUGUAAAUUUAUCUUAUUGUUAUUGCACCUGCAUCUUCAAAUAUAUAUAUAAAUCUCAAAGCCUAGUUAACCCAAUACUUUUUAAAUGAAAAAAUAAUGCAUUUUAAUUUCAAAUAAUUAGAAAUGAUUUAAUGUUGUUAUAGUUUUUCUUUCAUCCCUGCACCAUUUGAUAAGGUAGUUGUGUCUUUGUCUAUGCAGCUGGUAACAUUGGUAGCCUAAAUGUCAGGUGCACAGGGUGAAUGCUGGUCAAGUUUUGAUGUAAAGACAUAGCUUCUUUUGAAUAUGGUGYUGGGGCCCAUGAAAAUAUUUCAUUUUGAAAGCUGUGGYAAAUUUUGGGGUGCAUACCAUGAAGAGUUUGGGAAAACAGCUGCAUAUAACUAUUUAGUACCAUCCCUUACUUAUAUUUCCAAGACUUCUUAUUCUUCUCCAACAGRUCCUGUAUUCAUUUUCAAUUGACAAAGAAUUAACUCAUCAAAUAUACAAACACGUGUAAAGAAAAAACAAGAGUAGAAUGUGUGUUUGUCAACUGCAUCAGUGACGCAAACUGGUUUUGUACUGAUCUCAUGAAUAGUUCAAAUUACUGAUUGCAAAUUUUGCAGAUAUACAGCGUGCACCCUAGUUAUUUGCAUAGUAUCUCAUUUUCAAAAUAAAAAGAAAUAUUAAAAUCAUAGAUGUUGCCAAAUUAAUUUUAAUUACCCCAAUCAUAAUGUAUAAAUUAUAAGAAACCAAGCAAUUGGUUAUUUAUUUUGUAUUAUUAUAUUAUCAAAUAAAAUAAGUGAUCAAUU